CAUAAAUUUAAAAAUUAAUGCAAGGAUUUAAAGUAGAGACAAUUACUCCAGGAGAUGGUAAAUCUUUUCCUUAAAAAGGGUACUAUUAUAAUAAAUAAUUAGUUAAAAAGUAUUUGUACAUUAUGUUGGUACUUUACUUGAUGGAUCUGAAUUUGAUUCAUCAAGAAAAAGAGGAAAGCCAUUCUAAUUUACUUUGGGUGCAGGACAAGUUAUAAAGGGUUGGGAUUAAGGUGUAGCAAAACUAUCAAAGGGAGAGAAAGCUAUUUUGACAUGCCCACCUGAUUAUGCAUAUGGAAAAUAAGGAUAUCCACCAAUUAUCCCACCUAAUUCAACAUUGAAAUUUGAAGUUGAAUUGCUUGACUUUGCAUGAUUUUGAUAUUUUUGAACAAUAUAAAAAUUGAAAUAAAG